GUAGACUUAAGUCUAUGAAAGCUCACGCUGCCAACCCCUUUCUUUCUGUUAGUCUCAAAGGUGUUACAAGAUCUCUACAUACUGAUUUUACAGACUAACAUGGGUAUAUCUUUGAAUUCUACCACUCUUCAAUAAUCACAACACAUUCUUACACUGGGCCUUUGGUAUCUGCUGGAGUUUGGUUCCAGGAUCUCCCUCCUAUGGGUAGCAAAAUCUGUAGAUGCUCACAACCCCAUAGAAUUUAAUGGUGUACUAAAAUGGUGUCCCUUAUAUAAAAAGACAAAAUCAAGGUAUUCUUUUUGGAAUAUACAUAAACUCAUACAUACAAACAUACAUACAUACACACACACACACAGUGUGUUUUCAAUCUGUGGAUGUUUGAAUCUGGAUAAGGAAUCUAUGGAUAUGGAGAGGCCAACUAUAUAAAUCUGUAACUGGGAUUUCAGUGGAAAUGUGAAUUCAAUUAAUAUGGAAAUCCCAAGAAGCCAACUUGAAAUAAAAAUGUACAUAGUGACCAGCAUCAGCUUUACUUUAAAUUACGAACUAAGGGGCAUAUUUGAACUGUCUCAUAGUAUCUUGUUUUUCAGAAGUACGCAUAGAACUAAUACAGCAUUGUGUUCCUUAUGCAAUUUGCCUGGCUUAUUACUGACUUCUUUAAGUUGUAUGGUGCAAAAUUUGAAUGGGAGUCCUUGAUGGUGAGGCAUAUUUAGCCCCUGUACCAGACUGCUUCUCAGUCUUGCUCCUUCACUUUCUGCCCAUAUGUAAGUGCAUGCCUAUCCUUCACUCAUAUAAAGUGGAAUACUUAAAGGUAAUACUGCACAGUACAGACAAAGCAUCUCUUUACAGCUGGGAUAGAAAGAUGUGCUGGACAAACCUUCACAACCCUUUUUGAUCCCUGGCAUUCUGCUGAAUAUUAUUAUUAUUAUUAUUGGAAAGAGAACAAAGUUACUUUCACUUUGUAGAGCUUGUACAUUAGAAUGUUAUUCACUCUUGGGUGUGGAUAUUCCAUAACCAACAUGGUGUGGUUUGAAUAUUUGACUCGGGACCAGGGUUCGAUUCCGCACCCAUCCAUAAAACCCCCUGGGUGACAUUGAUCAAGUCACAUGCUCUCAGCCUCAGGGGAAGGCAAUGGCAAACCCUUGGCUGAACCAAUCUUGCCAAGAAAACCCCAUGAUAGGGUGGCCAGAAAUUAAAAAUGACUUGAAGGCAAACAGCAAUGGGUUGGGCAAGGGACCGGACAAAUAUCUUAUUCUCCAACUGCCUUGUUUGUCAUUAUACUUUGGCUGUGGUCAAGAUGUGCUAAAUUUAGCAAAGUGGUAAAUGUCAUCGUAUGAACUGUUAAGCUUGUCAUUAAAUUCAGUUUCCUCAGGGUUUCUGUAAAGUUAAAAAAAAAAUUUGAAUCUCUCAUAUUAAUCUGUAAACACUUAAGACAUCACCUACUUGAUAGCCUGUCUACUCACACUUGCUGCUAAAAUGUAUUUUGAACUAUUGAAUAAAACAUUUCAGGGAAACUAGGUGUUUCUCACGUUGCUUUUUGUCUAAUAAUUGAAUGAGUGACCUGCUGAGUGCUAAAACCAUGGGAGAGAGCAAUUAAAUAGGUGUAAGAAGGAAGCACACUGCCUUCAGCAAAGUCGAGGGGUAGUGAGAAGUAAGGAACAAACUGAAAGAAAGAGCUGAAACACCUGCCAAGCUGAAAGCAUGUGCAGGACAAUUGGAAGUCUCCACAGAGGUCAACCAUGUCCAGUCUGAAAGUUUAACUGUAUCUGUGGAGAAGUAUAUAACUCUUAAUGGAGUUUCAAGAAUGGAUAAUGGACAUGUGAAUGCAGUUAGCAUGAGUAACUUAACUGAUAAUACAACUGAAGAAAGAUUCAACUCCCAUCAAGAAGCCUGUUUAAUAUCUAUGGGGGAAACUACUGUCGAUCACCUGAAAUAUGUUCCUAACAGAGAAAAUGAAAAUGCAGCGUUUGAAGUAAAAAUGCAGCCAUGCAUACAAGAUUAUUGUGGUGAUGUCCUCAGAAAAGAUCCAAGAUUGCCAGAAGAGAUUUCUUCAGAAGGUGCAACAUGUGCAUAUUUACCACAACUGCAGCUGCACUCAUGCAAUAUCCGUUUCCCAUCUGCAUUAAUGACACAACAUAGAAAUUCUGCGCUAUCCCUUAGUGCCAGCACUCCUGAUGGAGCACUCAAUGCUGAUAUAGAAAGGAUACCAGUACUGAGACCACUAUUAAUUCCAACUGCAGGUGCAAAUAACUCUGUUUCUUAUGACCAAAUCAAAGGAGUUAUUAAUAAUUCCACAAUGUUACAACCAUUCGCAAGUUGUUCUAGUGAAUCUUGCAAUGGUACCAAAGCUUUAUCUCAGGAUGCUGCUGCUGUCUGUGAUGAACUUGCUGAAGUCAGAGAGGCAGUUGUUAGCAUUACAUCUAAUAACGCAGAAGAGAUUUUUCAAAAUUCAGAUAGUGGAGAAAACAGCCACAACCUACCCAUUUCACAUGAAAUAGAGGAUGGUGCCAACUGUUCACAGAGAAAUUAUCCUAGUCCCCAAGUGAUAAUCUGUCAACUGAAGAAUGGUAUGCAUAUACUCUGCCUAAACAAUACUGAAACAAAGGAGUUGAAAGCAGUUCAUUUGGUUCCUCUAAAUCAAGAGCAGCAAAAGUAUCUUCAGCCAGAUGCAAGUAACACUAUAACAUCUGUACUGGGACAGUUUCUGCCAGUUGUGAGUAAACUGAACGUAAGCACACAAGAGGUGCACCUUUUUGGUAUGAUAAAUGGUGCAUUAGUCGAAUUCUUAGGGACUUUAUCAAAGAGAUAUCCUCAAACUGGGAUGCUUGAUAAUGGAGCCAUACAUACCUACCAUUCAGAUCCAAAUUUUCAGGAGGCAACAAAAUUGUCUUUAGUUGGGUUACCUGGUGGUUCUUGGGAUGCAAAAUCAAAAAAGCCUUGUAACUGUACUAAAUCACAGUGUCUCAAAUUGUACUGUGAUUGCUUUGCAAAUGGUGAUUUCUGUAGUAACUGCAACUGCAAUAAUUGUUACAAUAAUCCACAACAUGAAAUAGAACGGUUUAAUGCUAUUAAGGCGUGUCUUGACAGAAACCCAGAAGCUUUCCUGCCAAAGAUUGGGAAAGGAAAACUAGGAGAUAUCAAACCAAGACAUAACAAAGGAUGUAAUUGUAAACGUUCAGGGUGCUUAAAGAAUUACUGUGAAUGCUUUGAGGCUAAAAUUAUGUGUUCAUCUAUCUGCAAAUGUGUUGGCUGCAAAAAUUAUGAAGAAAGCACGGAUCGGAGAACACUAAUCAAUAUGCCAAAUCAUAUGGAGAUUAAAAGUAAUGAAGGAAAUGACUCUGUAUCAUUUUCUAAUUUGGAAAUAUGGUCAAACCCCAGAAAAGACAGGCAAUCUAAUACAUGUAUAUCAUGGGAAGUAGUUGAGGCAACAUGUGCCUGUCUCCUGGCACAAGCUGAAGAGGCAGAAAAAGAAGCUUAUUCUUUUUGUGUAGCAGAACGAAUGAUCCUAGAAGAAUUUGGGAUAUGCUUAUCACAGAUUCUGCACUCUGAAUUUAAAUCUAAAGGACUGAAAGUUGAAUAAUAUGUCUCAUUUACAGAUGCACAAUGAUCUGAAGGGCUACUUGUUAUUGCCUUUGAUGUUGAUAAUAUUUUUUAAAAAUUCAAGUUAAUUUAUUGCUGUCAUAUCAUGACUACUUUUUAUUUCAAUUUCAUACUAGUUUAUGUUACCAUAGUUUUUUCCCCAUAUUAACAGCACCAUCAUACUGGAUUAUAUAAAUUUCUCAAUGUCAUUUCAAGAUUUGCGUUACUACAGGCUUAAAAAGGAUUGCAAAAAUAGGGCUAGAUUACUUAAACCUAAAUGUUCUAGGUAACAUGUUUGUGGCUUAUACAUUAUAUGGUUCUUGGAUUAUUCUAAAUUAUGUAACAUCAAAUGCAAGCCCUAAGAUCUGAAAAGAAAUGCUAAUAUGACUGCAUAACAUUGUGAAAUUCUUUUUGUUUCAGGCUGGUACUCUCAUUUCUAAUUCCUCUUGAAGUUUAAUCAUUUCAGAGACUUCACUGGAAAGUUGAUUUACUGAAGAUGAUUUUAAAAAUGAAGUACUUUAAAUGUAGUUUGAAUUCCUUUUAUUGAAUGUUUAAUUGUUUGGGUUUGAUAGAAAUGUUGAAAAGAACUUGUUUUCUGUUCACCACGCUUUACUGGGUUUGUAAUGCUAACAUUUUUGUUAUACAUUUUAUCUCAUGAAUAUUCUUACUAAAAUUAUCUUCAUUGCUAAAAAAGGAAAAGAUACAACAGUUGAGAAAGUAAAAGUUGGAGUCAUGACAUUUGUACCAAACCCCAAAUCAGUUCCAUAUUUCUAGUGCAAACUUUGGCAAUAAAUUUCAUGAUAUGUAAAAUU